AUGAAGUGGAUUAACUAUUUGAAUAUAGCCCGUUUCACAUCUAAGGAAGACGGUGGUGAAGAGAUUAAUCUUUUCAUUAGCUCUAAAAUGAAUCAGAACAUUGUGGUGUUACAAAGCCCGGAAAAGAACUCAAUUCGCGCUUGGUUUUACUUUGCCAAGGACGAUGUACCCAUUGCAAGCCAACAUCAUGUAUUCGUGUCAUCGGAUAACAACGAAAUAGAGAAAAACUAUUUUCUAAAGGCUGUGCAGUGGUUGAAAGAGUUAGUUGCAACAUAUGGGCUAGAAGACAUCGAGCUGCAUGUCUAUAUGACAGAACCUCCAGGCCAUUUUGAAAUUAAUCACAGUUUUUUGAAAAUAACAGAAGUGAACCUGUAUUCUGAUAAUGUGGAUGUAUUCCGCUGGCUUCUUCCCCAGUUACCACAGAGUUUACGUUACUUGUCGCUGAACCCCCUAACAAUGUCUUGCAACCAAAUUGUGAUACCUUCUGAUAUAUUGUCAUCCCCUCAGGUUACCAACUGCGAGAACUUGUUUUUUGCAUGUCCAGUUAACUUUUCGAAUUCUCAAUUCUCAAGUUUGAACGCAGAGAGACUUUGUUUCGAAACAACAGAUCUUGACGAAAGAAGUGUAAACAACUUUUUGAAAAAGUGGAGCAGUGGGUUGAUUGGAUAUCCGUUUUCCGAGUUUACUAUAAAAUUGGGACGGCCUCCAAACUUCUGGCACGUUUGCCAAGGGUUGAAGACACAGUCCUGGGGGAAUAUCUUUGAAAAACUUGAGUAA